AAAACCACAAGGCCACCCACCACAACUUCAUCAACGUACCAAAAACAAAACCGAUCCAAAACAAUCUCUUGACUAAGUUUCUUCAAAGUACAAAAAAAGGAGAGAUGGAGUCAAUGAAGAUGAAGCUUAUGGUGGUGUUGAUGGUGGCUAUUGUGGCUUUCUCAGCCGUAGGAAAGGCGGCGGCUCAGACGACAGAGUCUCCAGCUCCAAGUCCUACUUCUGAUGCCACUAUGUUCGUCCCGGCAUUGUUUGCAUCUGUUGUUGCUUUGGCAUCUGGGUUUCUCUUCUAAACCGAUCUCUACAUACCAUAGAGUUAGGUUUGAUACUUUGUUUUACCUUUACUUCUGUUUAUUUUUAUAGUAUGAGUUCUUUUGUUAUUGCUUCUAAUAUUUGGACAAUUAUAUAUUAUUGGGUUUUGAUGUAAUUGCAUGAGUGUUUGUGUUUAUAUAUGUUUCGUAAUUAUUACUA